AUGGAUAAAAACUCAUUGGUUGAAGAUUUCAAAACCUUCUUCGAGAAUGGUAAGAAUACUGAUGUUAUAUUUAAGACAGAGCCUAGAUUACAUGCCCAUUCCCAGAUAUUAUAUGCACGAUCGAAGUAUUUUCAUACCCUCUUCUCACCGAAAUGGACUUCUCAUGGAGAUGAGUCACAUAUUGAGCUCACAGCAAAUGUUUCAUAUUUCGCAUUAUAUAAGAUCAUUCUUUAUAUAUACACUGGCAUUGUAAAUCUAAGGUAUGUUGACAUAGGAACUAUCCUUGAAAUUUUAACCGAAGGUGAUAUUUUUCUCUUAGAAGAGCUUUCUUCCCAAGUAGUACAAUACCUACAUUCUGAUAUUAAUAGGUUCAUAAGAAAAGAUAUGGUGACAUUGGUUGAAUUUAUAAUUAAUCACGAUAUAUUCAAACAAAAGUUUGAAUUUUUAUUUUAUGAUAUUGUUAAAAAUAUCAAGAUAUUGGCAUUUGAUACAAAUGAAAUAGUUGAGAGACCUGAGGGUGCACCAGAUCGAAAAAAGCAUGAUUAUGGAUUUACUAUGGAAAGAACACGAAACGAUAAACAAAGAUAUUCUAGAGAAU